GCGGAAAAAAAACAUUGUGAUAACACGAUGACAGUUUCAGUUUGUUUGCAAACAGUGCCGCUCUAACUUUUCUGUCGUAUUAGGUUCACAGUGAAAAACCAAAUGAAUACUUCCGAAAUAAAGGAAAACUCCAACGGUUUCGAAGAGAAAAGUUUUAUUAAAGUCGAAGAAACAUGCUUCAAUGAACCGAUCGAUCAACCGAAUAACAUCCACCCGGACCCUUCAAUUGAUGAGAACAAACCGUACGAUUGCAAGAUCUGUGGCAUACAGCUGAAAGCAAAUAAUAUUAAACGGCACUUGCGUACGCAUUCCAGCAAGAAGUCUUUCGACUGUGAUGAAUGUGAAGGAAAGUUUACCCGUCGGAGUUCACUUAUUCGGCACAAGCUCACACAUUCGGAUGAUGGAUCUUUCGGCUGCGAGAUCUGCAAGAAAAGGUUCAAGGAAAAGGUGGUUUUGACGCAGCACCUGAAAAAGCACGAGAGGAAUUAUAAAUGUGAUGUCUGCGGAAGAGGUUUCCUUUAUCCGUAUCUAGUGAAGCUGCACGCGCGGCUUCACUCUGAUGAUCCGGUCGUGCGAAAGUUCAAAUGUGAGAUUUGUAAGAAAGAGUACAUUACUCGGUCCCAUCUGAACUUUCACGUGAAAAAGCACCAAAAAUCAUUCGCGUGUGACGAGUGCCCGAAAACAUUUGUUUACUUUAAAUCACUAUGCGAACAUAAGGCCGUACAUUCCAAUAAACAAGCUAAUAAAUGUAAAAUUUGUGGGAAAUGUUACCCAAAAAGUUACCUCAAGGCUCAUAUGCGAGUGCAUGCUGGCAAUCAGCGUUACAAAUGCGAAGUAUGUGGAAAAAUCCUUUCGUCCACAAACGGACUUGAGAUUCACAUGAAAGUUCAUCGCGGCGAACAACCUUACAAGUGCGAGAUUUGCGACUUAAGUUGCUCUGGCAAAUUUUCUCUGAAGACACAUCUACGGACGCAUACCAACGAGGAUCCCUUCGGUUGCGACGUUUGUGGUAAACGAUUUGCAGCGAAAGGCAACCUGAAGUACCACAUGAUGGCAGUGCAUAAAAAUAGUCGACCCCACCAGUGCGGCAUCUGCGGGAAAGGAUUUAUUAUUGGCUCGAAAUUGUUGGCGCACACGCGCUUGCAUACCGGCGAAUCCUUGAAAUCUCAUUGGAAAAGUAGUGGGAAUAGUAUGGGCAACGAUGAAAAGUAGAAAUGAAUGUAUAGUCAAUUUACUAGUUAGUUGUAAACUAAGUUCUUAUGGACGCCCUCUUAAAGCUCCUGCAAAUUAAAUGAAAAUCUUCAAAAUUCAACGAAAAUCAUAGUCGGUGUUGAUAUCAUAGCAAUGUAUAGUCACUGUCUAUUUUACUAGUCUGAGUCGGAGUGGAU